AUGGCAGAUGAUGAUGAUAUGUGCUACUUAAUUGGUGGAUGUAUUAAUGUUGUGUUCUUUGUGGGGUUAGUUGUUUUGUUGUAUGCUUUAUUAUUAUUAUCAUCGAAGAAGAAGAUAUGGCAGACUAAAUCUUACAGUACCGUGUGGAAGAAUGGUUGCGCAACGACCUCUGCCAUGGAAGAAAAAUCCGAUCAGCCAGGCGACACUGACAUUAUAAUUGUCGGUGCCGGAGUUGCUGGGGCGGCACUGGCCUAUGCUCUUGCCAAGGAUGGGCGACGAGUUCAUGUGAUUGAAAGGGACUUAAAAGAGACAAACCGUGUCGCGGGUGAAAUUCUACACCCUAAAGGACACUUGAAAUUGGCCGAGUUGGGGCUUCAAGAUUGUGUAAGCGAUAUCGAUGCUCAAAAACUACUUGGCCUUGCCAUAUAUGAGGGUGAUAGAUGGAUCGAGCUGCCUUAUCCCCCUGAGAAAAAUGGCUCGGAUAUCUCGGGGAUGUGCUUUCACCAUGGCAAAUUUGUAGAGAGAAUGAGAAAAAAGGCAAGAACCCUCCCCAAUGUGCGGCUUGAACAAGGGACAGUGGUUUCCCUUAUCGAAGAAAAGGGAGUGAUUAAGGGAGUUCGAUACAAGACUAAAAGCUCUCAAGUGAUGGCUUCGACUUAUGCGCCGAUAACUAUUGUUUGCGAUGGCAGCUCUUCGAACUUGCGACGCACUCUAUGUACUCCCUUGGUGAAGAUCGAAUCUACGGCCAUCUGUUUGAUCUUGGAAAAUUGUGAACUUCCAUAUCCUAACUACACUAAUGUAUUGUUUAGAGGCUCUAAUCCACUCUUACUUUUUCGAAUCAGUAGCACUGAAAUUCGACUUAUUGUCCCUUACUCGAGACAAAAUCAGCCUUCCAUCACCAUGGUCGAUUACCUGAAAACUGUUGUGUCUUCUGAGAUUCCUCCAAUACUUUAUGAUUCAUUCAUGGCUGCGAUCAAUAAAGGAAAUAUAAGGACGAUGCCAACCAAAUCCAUGCCAGGAAAGCCUAACCACACUCCGGGUGCAGUUCUAAUUGGGGAUGCUUUGAAUAUGCGGAAUCCCUUAUUAGCAGCUGGCAUGACUGUGGCUCUACACGACGUUGUUCUGUUACGAGACCUUCUUAGAGGAGUAAAUGAUCUACAUGACAAAGAUGCUCUAUCAAACCUUAUCAAGUCAUUCUAUGCUCUAAGAAAGCCAUUUGCAUUCACAAUCAAUCUUGUUUCUGGAGCACUAUACAAAGUUUUUGAGGCUGCAACCAAAGCUCCUCCCGAGUUUACCGAUGACGUAAAGGCGGCAUUGUAUAAAUCAUGUCUCGGCUAUCUAAGCCUCGGAGGGUUUGUCGCGCGCAGCAUUAUGGCGACGGCCACUGGCCUAUCCCCACAUCCUGUCAUGCUCUUAAUCCAUGCAUUGGGUGUUACUGUUUAUGGACUCAUUCACAUCAUACUUCUCCCUUUUCCACCUUACCCAAAAAGGCUAUGGGUUGGAGCUAAGCUCUUGUUAUGGGCUGGAUUUGGGGUUCUUGACCCUCUUGUAAAGGCUGAAGGCAUCACAGUUGCAAUGCUGUUUGAUCUUGUUGUUCCUGCAGGCAUUCUUAAGAGGAUAAUGCUUCUUUCAAUCUGCAUUAUAUUCAUUGCUGUUUUCUUCUUCGAAAUUAUAUUUAUAUAA